AUGGCCAUGGUGGCCAUGGCAUGUUGGGUAUCAGUAUCUCAGAUCGAUAUUUGCCUUCGCAAGCCCAAGCGGCGAGCGAUUUGCCAGAUUUUUUGGAUCCAUCUUUUGAAGUUGAAACCCUGCCAUCUCCUUCUUCAGAUCAAAGAUGCGCGUGUUGUUUUCGUUGGUUCGACCUCGUUUUUUGUUGAUAGUUUGAUACCAUGCAGCACUUGUUUUUCAGAUCUAUGCAAGUUUUCAUUGGUUUUGAUCUUCCUGAUUCUGCUCCCCUAAUUUGAUAGAUCUAGUUCGAUCUGUUUCCUCUUGUGGCACGCGCGAGAGCUUACCCUAGUGGCUCGCCUCCCUGUCUCUAUUCGGACAGGUCGUGGGUUCGAUUCCCAAGGGAGCCUGAUUCCUCCUUUUUCUGGCAAUUUAUCCAACGCCACUUGAUUUAUGCAGCACUUGUUUUCAGAUCUAUGCAAGUUUUCAUUGGUUUUGAUCUUCCUGAUUCUGCUCCCCUAAUUUGAUAGAUCUAGUUCGAUCUGUUUCCUCCUGUGUCACGCGCGAGAGCUUACCCUAGUGGCUCGCCUCCCUGUCUCUAUUCGGACAGGUCGUGGGUUCGAUUCCCAAGGGAGCCUGAUUCCUCCUUUUUCUGGCAAUUUAUCCAACGCCACUGACAGAAUGGCCCCAGCAGUCAGCCAGUGGACUUUCACAUCAAUGGUGGGCUUAAUAGCAGAGAUUUGCAUCUCGUUGCGGCGGCGGCGGCGGCGGAGGCGGAGGCGAGCGACGACGCGUGCCAUGGCGCUCUGCCGUGUGGGUUCUCGGCUCGCUGGAGUCGCGGCGAGGAGUCUUCUCACCGGCUCCCAUGCUGCCAAGGGCGGCGCUGACAUCCCCAUCGCCGGCCUCCGCGCUCACCUGCACAACACCUCUGGUCUCCUGCGUCCCAAGGGCGUCGGCCACUACUCUCAGGAAAGGUUCUCCCACACCAAGCCGGCACCCACACUGGUCAUGGUGGUGGUGCAUGAAGACCCAGAUCUCGCGCGUGUCUAUGCGGAGAGCCUGUCUAAGGCUGCCAGGGACCAAAUCCUUGUCCUGCACAAGGUGCACCUUGCCCCACCUGCAUCCGAAGUUAACCCUGAGUCCACCGAUGUCAAUCCUGAUGCUGACUCUAAGCUUGACUUGCCGAAAGAGUGCCCCGGGGACCCACACGUUGUUUCCUUUGUCGUGGAUGGGCUUUCUGGACUUACUGAAGCUGAGAUUGAGAUGCUGUUUGACAAUAAAAUGAGGACUGUGGUGAGGGACGGCAAGGAUCCAUGUGUCGCGGCAAUCGAGCAGAUGGGCAGGAAUUUGGACUCUGCUUUGCAAGGGGUAAAGUGGAACCAACAGAUAUGCUUUGAGAAACUGGAUGCGAGGGCUAUUUCCCAGAGUCUGCUCCUGGAGGAUCUCCACAAGGCCAGUAAACAAGUGAAUUUUGUCGAAGCCGCCUUGAGCGAGGCUGGGAGAAGGAUGUUCCACAAGAAAGUUAUCUGGGCAAAGAGGAGCCUACUGACACUGGUGCCGUAUGCCAGCAGGUACUACUUUUAUUGUCUGUCCGCCUAUAGUCUGCUGAUGUGCGAUGUGCCUCUUCGUCCGGUCGACUAUGCCUUGAUUGUGGUUGGAGCCCAGUGGAUGGCUAGCGAUGAAAUGAGGGGAAAAUUCCUGGAGUCAUACAAUUACUUCAAGAAUGGUGGCAAAAAGGUGGAUGCUGGUGAUGCUGGCAAGAAGAUUUGAGGCUCUUCUUCCUCUGGUUCUUGGUGUAGUUCAAUUGAGAUGCUCCAACUCUUGCCCACUGUUACCAUGGAUUGGCUAUGUCAUUUGCUAUCUUCGCUACAGCACAUUUCUCCUUUAUUCCAUGUGUAGCAUCUACUGAGUUAUAUCGGAUUAUGAGCAGAGUGAAACUUUUGGUAUUUUUUGUCUAUGGAACAGUGUUAGACAUUUAGCUGUGUUUUCCUCUUAAGUUUGUUUGGACGUCACUGCUGGUGCCCGUAAAUUCUGUUCAGGAUCUUUAUGGGUAGGUUCCGUGAACUUCUGAAAAAACAGACUGAGAAAACAAGAAUAUGAGAAGAGGAAGGAAGAUUUUAGAUUUA